AUGUAUGUUGCAAUCUCUAGUCAAGUUAACCAGUUCGUACUUGAUAGGUAUUUGAAUGGUGAAGAAUUUAAAGAUGGUCAUAUAGCUAAGGAUGGUUCGUUAACCAUUGAAAGUGUUGAUGAGCUGCAUCGUGGACAGUUUAAAUGUGUUGCAUCGAAUAAUAUUGGAAAGGAUGAAAAAACAAUCAGUUUGACGGUGCAUACAGCUCCCAUUAUUGAGGGAUCCGAUCAGCUGAAGGUAAUAAUUGCGAAUGUUAAUCAAUCAAUACUACUACCAUGUCCUGCACGAGCUUUUCCAUUACCUUCAAGAUCGUGGAGCUAUGAAGGUGAUCGGAUCUAUGAUGGUUAUAGCCAUGGAUCUGAGAUGAAGUAUACGCAUGACGGAUCACUAGAAAUAGCAACUCCUCAAAUGAAUCAUGCGGGUCGAUACACCUGUCAUGUAUCCAAUUUAGCUGGCGAUGAUCGUAUAACAUAUCUCGUGAAGGUACAAGAACCACCAAAAAUUAUAUCUGAUAUACCAGGUACUAUUGUUGUGGUUCUUGGUCUUAUGUUAGAAAUUCCUUGUCGUGCUGUUGGAACUCCAGAACCAACGAUUACCUGGGAAAAAGAUGGCUUCCAGUUUGUUGUCCAAUGGUGGCGGAUAUGCGAAGAUGUCGUUGUUUGUGGUUCAGUCGUGGAGAAUAAGCGAAGAGGAUCUACCGCCUGCUCGAUCAUUCCGGAUGAUAUUAUUCAUACUGAUUCGGCGGGAACAAUACGUAUCGAAAAAGCGCAAACGUCGCAUCAUGGAAUUUAUCGAUGUAUUGCAACAAAUCCAGCUGGACAUGAUGAACGGAAUACAAUCAUAUUAAUUUUAGAACCACCAACAAUUUCACCGAGUACAUUAUCGGAUUACACCACUGUAGAAGGUGAUCGUAUCGAAUUGCGCUGCUUUGCUAGUGCUAAUCCAUCCCCAACCAUAACAUGGAGUCGAAAGGGAAUACCGAUAUCAGAUGAUAUAUCGCGCAUGCAUGUUAACGAUGAUGGUACUUUGAUCAUUGAUAAUGUGGAGAAUGAUGAUGCCGGUCAUUAUAUAUGUAAAGCAUCCAAUGCUGCUGGUGAUACGGAAAAGGUGGUCCGGUUAGCUGUUAUUAUUCCACCUGAUAUUCCGGAUCAAGGAACGGUUGUGACAGAAACAGUUGUUAUUGGUCAGCCAUUCAGCCUUUAUUGUCCAGUAUUCUCCAUUCCACUACCACAGAUCACAUGGUAUUUGAACGAUCAUUUAAUAGCGGAGAGCGAUGUAAAUAUCGUUCUUUCGGAUGAUCAAAGACGGUUGCAUAUUUUAAAAUCACGUAUUAUGGAUGCUGGAAGUUACAAAUGUGUGGCACGAAAUCCGGCUGGUGAUUCGGCUAAAUUAUUCCAAGUUGAAAUUGUUGUACCACCUAACCUGAAUCAAAGCAUGCAUAAAAACAAAGUAACAGUGCUGGAGAACGAGCAUAUCGAGAAAUGA